AUGCCAGGGAUACCAGCGACUACGAGGAUUCAACUUCACAUCGCUCUUGCCACCUCGAAGAUUUCGGCUGCCCUGGGAGAAUGUGAGACAUCAGCCACCGGACUCACAGUGGAUCCCCUUCCGCUUGUGCGGGUCUUUGAAACAGAGCUUUGCAUGAUACAAAACAGAUAUGCUUGCGAAUGGUCUCCUGCCGAUGAAGUGUCACUUCUGGACGCGCGGCUCAGCCUGUACUCUUACGUUCUCGAUCAAAAAAAAUCCGAGCUCCCAAGAAUACUCUACACAGAGAAUGAAAUAAUCGCCCAGAGCAGUAGCACGGCGAGACAGCUUCUCAUCGUGCUGACUACAUUUCCCGACGCACUCAGAAAAGGGACAUUCCAUGUGUUUCGCUCUGCGAGCUACGCAGUCUUCUUCCUCUUACGCAUUCUUGGGACGGCGCCCAGUGAGUGUAUAGAUGAGACGGGUAUCAGAAAUAUCAUCAGGCAGACCUUCACGCUCAUAAAGGACGUGUCUCAAACAGCGAAUGACCGACGGUCCCAAUGCGUACGGGUUUGCAGAAUCAUCGAGCACAUGAUAGACUACGAAGACUGGAACAAGGACACGCCGUUCCUAGGGAAAGCUGAGUCAUUUAUGGCCAAUAAUUAUGUUGCAGAUGUUGCUGCCAGGGGCAUGAUAAAAGCAAAUAUGCGGCAUACGGCCGCACAAACCGAACGCGAUUGUAGGGAAGCGAUGGCAGCAGGAGAUCCGCUGGAGGUGGAGUCGAAUUUCGACCUCAAUUUCUCGAUAUGGGAUCCGAUGGAGUGGAAUCUGAAUUGGCAGGAUAGUGAUGACCUACUAUUUCUCCGCGAGGAUCUUGGUGGAUCCUCGUGA